AUGAAGUUUGGCUACCAGUUCCAAAACCUCUGCGGCUCUGUCUACCGCUCGGGCGAUGUGGUGUUCACCCCGGAUGGCAACACCGUCCUAUCGCCUGUGGGCAACAGAGUGACCCGCUUUGACCUGCUGACGAACACCUCGUCGACGCUCGCCUUUGAGGCUCGGUCGGACAUCUCCAAGAUGGCCGUCUCCGCCGAUGGAGUGCUACUGAUGGUGGUGGAUGUGGAGGGCUACGGCUCGCUGAUCAACCUCAAACGUGGCGCUGUUCUGCAUCGUAUCAACUUUAAGGGCAUUGUCAACGCCAUGGCCUUCUCGCCGCUGCGGGGCUACCUGGCGGUGGCUGUCGGCUCCAAGGUUGUGCUGUGGUACCUGCCGCUGGCGGCGGCGACGACCAAGACCUUUGCGCCCAUGAUCAAGCUCAAGGAGCUCGCCGGCCACGUCGACGACGUGCUCUGCCUCUCGUUCUCGGGCAACGGUCGGUUCAUGGUCACCGGGUCGGCUGACCUCACCGCGCGGGUCCACGCCCUCUUCCCGCCGCGCGGCAAGUCGUUCCGCUCGAUCACCCUCGCCGGCCACCGCGACGUGGUUGUGGCUGCCUUUUUCGACGCCGCCUCGUCAAUCGUAUACACUGUCGCCCGCGACGCUGCCGUUCUCACCUGGGAGUGGAUCCCGCCCGAGGUGCUCGAGGAGUACUCGUACUCGGACGGCGAGUACUCGGACGUCGAGGCUGCGCCCGAGCUCGCGCCCGAGCUGGCAGCGAUGCAGAUCGAGGGCGCCAGCGAGAAUGCUGCUGGUGCGAGCGGCGCCGGCAACGACGACGACGUCGACGAGGACGCCGAUCAGGCGUUCUUUGGUUCGGGAUGGGUGAACAAGGACAAGUUUGAGGCAAUGUCCGGCUCGAGCGGCGGCACGGAGCUUGCCGAGAAUGCGCAGGAGAAGGAAGAGGAGGAGGAGCGCGAAGAGCUUCUGGGCGGGACGUGGAAGCGGGUAGCCAAGCACCUGUUCAAGCAGGACUUUGCCACGGUGAGCUCGGCGACGAUGCACGCGGCGUCGUCGCUGCUUGUGGUCGGCUUUUCGUCGGGCGUGUUUGGACUGUACCAAAUGCCGUCGGUGACGGCCAUCCACACGCUCUCAGUCUCGUCGACGCGUAUCUCGUCCGUCACGGUCAACGCGUCGGGCGAGUGGCUGGCCUUUGGCUCUGCGGCACUCGGCCAGCUGGUGGUGUGGGAGUGGCAGUCGGAGACGUUUGUGCUGAAGCAGCAGGGCCACGCCGGAACGCUCAACUGCGUCUCCUACUCGCCCGACGGCUUGUACAUGGCUACUGGCUCGGACGAUGCCAAGGUCAAGGUCUGGUCGACGACGACCGGCUUUUGCUUUGGCAACGCACUGUUCUCGGCCUCGACCGACGGCACCAUCCGCGCCUUUGACAUGACCCGCUACCGCUGCUUCCGCACCUACGCCACGCCGACGCCUGCGCAGCUAACGUGCAUGGCCAUCGAUCCGGUCGCCGACGUUGUUGUGGCCGGCUCGCUAGACGAGUUUGUCAUCUACGUGUGGGAUGUCAAGACCGCCCGGCUGCUCGAGAUGCUUUCGGGCCACACGGCGCCGGUCUCGACGCUCCACUUUUCGCCGGUCUCCAACAUGCUGGUCUCAGGCUCGUGGGACGGCUCGCUCAAGGUGUGGGACGUGUUCAACUCGCUCGGCCGCGCCGGCGGCGGCUCGAUCGAGACCUUUGAGGCGUCGACGUCCAAGGCUGCGGUGACGUGCGUUGCCUGGGCGCCCAACGACAAGCUCAUUGCCGCCGGCGCCAUGAACGGCACCAUCGUGCUGUGGGACCCGCGUGAGGGCAAGACUGUCGGCAUCAUUCACGCCCGCAACGACAUUACCGGCGGACGGACGGCCGGAAGCGCCACCACUGCGCUCAACAACCCCGCCGGCAAGUUCUUCACCUCGCUCGCCUUUACCGCCGACUCGACCUGCCUGCUGGCUGGCGGCGAGUCCAAGUACGUCUGCAUCUACGAGGUCUCGCAGCAGCUGCUCAUCAAGCGGUUCCAGCUCUCGCACAACCGCUCGCUUGACGGUGUGCUCGAUGAGCUCAACUCCAAGUACGUGGGCCAGGACGGGUGGGACGUCGAGGAGAGCCACCAGGACGACAAGGACCACCUUCGCGCCCUCCGCCGCAAGGCCAUGCCCGGCUCGCUCAAGGCUGUGCGCGACACGUACAAGUUUGUCGUGGCCUGCUCGGACAUCUCGUUCUCGCCAACUGGACGAUCGUGGGCGGCGGCGACGCCUGAGGGUCUACUGGUAUACUCGCUCGACAACUCGGUACUCUUUGACCCAAUCGACCUCGACGUCGACAUCACUCCCGACGCCGCCCGCGAGGCGCUCGACGAGCGCGACUUCACCACCGCCCUGCUCAUCGCGCUGCGGCUCAACGAGGACGAGCUGACGAGCGAGGUGUACCAGGCCGUCCCGCUUGACACCGUCGGCCUCCUCGUCUCGGACGUGCCUGAGGUUUACCUCGACCGCCUCGUGGCGUUUGUGGCCCGGCAACUGACGGCCAGCCCGCACGUCCACUUCCACUUGGUCUGGAUCCAGGCUCUCUUCCGCGAGCACUCGCGCGCCAUCCGCCGCCUCGCCGCCACCCUCGGCGGCCCCCUCACCCAUCUGCAAAAGGCGCUCGCCUCGCGCGCCGACCUCGUCACCGGCGCCGCAAAGGCUAACAAGCACAAGCUGGCAUAUUUUACCCAUGUCCACGCUGCACGCGCCAAGGCUGCCACAGCCGCCGCCGCUUCGUCGUCGUCGUCGUCGCCUGCUGCCAUGGCCACCGAGUAA